CUGAUGUAAAGUUAAAUUUGGUUUCUUUUAACAUGUUUAACUUGAUUUUUUAAUAUGAUGGAUGAUAUCAGUUGGUACUUUAAAUAUGACUAAUGGAAGAGAUGCAAUAGUUGUUGUAUUGGAAUUCUGAUCAAGUAUUAACUUCAUUUUACAACAGCUAGAAACAAAAUGUUGAGGAAGCACAGAUUAUCAGGGAAUUGCUGCUCGUCUUUUCAAUUGGAAUCCCAGCUUUUUGAUAUGCAGAACAAAGGAAAUGUGUCUGCUGCUAUUACUGAUCUCAGUAUUAUAAUGGAGCCUAGGGGAAAUUCAGAUUUGGACAAAUUUGUGUCAAGAAAAGGGGUCUUUAAGAGCACCAGAGUUAAAAACUUGGCAUUCAGUUGUAAUUUCCAAGCCCAUCAUGCUUUGGAAGAAAACAGAGGAAUGCUAGAAUACUUAAGCAAAAUCUUUUUAAAAGAAGCAAAAUUCAGCAAGCUAUUUUCAACCAGCAGUGAAAAAUGUGGAAGUCUUUUAACAUUUUUCAGAAGUCUUUCAUCUUAUGCUGAAUGGUAUGAACAUUGCAGUUGCACCUUCCUACAUUUCAAGAAGCUAUGCAGUGAUCUGUGA